CUGCAGCUUCAAUUUCUUUCCGCAAUGACAGCCUCCUUUCUCGAGCGAAACCGGCAGGGGAGUCCGACAGCGCAGAAAGCAUCCUGAUGGGGACUGCAUGCCUUGGUUACAAUUGUUGUCACACAAGCUCAAUGUCGUCAGACAACAUAGCGCUGGCUCCUCGACAAAUCAAUCGUACAACCGAGUGAUGUCGCCGGUGUAUCAUCCGUUUUCGGUUUACAUUAGCGGCUAUCUAAUCAGAUCCGAGGUAUCAUCAGCGGCGCGGCGUACGUCUCCCAGAGAAGAGGUGGGAUCGUUGCUGGCAAGUCCUGCCGAAGUGGAGCACAGCUGUGCCAGUCAGAUUUUACAAACGCUUCGUUGAGGACUCCAUCGGUGACGUUGCAGGAAAGUUAACGGAUCUGAUUAGAUUGCCGAGACUGAAGAUCGACAGCAGCGACAUCGGUGAGAGUCGGGCAUGUGAGUGGAGU